CGCAAAACUAAAUUGCUGGUUUACAUUACACUUCAGUUCAAUCCUUUUCUCUCAUCUUUUCCAACAGGUGAUCUUUUGUCGUGCAAUGACGUAACGGAGAGAAAGCAAAGAGAAAGACGUCAGCUUCGAGAGAGAGAGAGAGAGAGCUGGCAGAGCGGGGGCUGGUUGGCGUUUGCACCGUGAAAGGGCUUUUGCUGGAAUGUUUAUCACCGUGGUUUAGGCAUUAGAAGGAAAGGGAAAGGUGGCAGCUCCAAUCAUUUCCAAGGAGGAAGAAAUGAGUUAUGGAUCCUUAAUGUCUGGCGGCUGGGGCUGAUUCUGCUGCGUUGGAUAAAAAUGGAUUAGUCUUUGCAUCCUUAAUCCUACAACUUUUUAGGUGGACAAGGCUGGAAAUAAUGAACACCAUGAAUAUGAUUGGUGGCAUGAGUGAAACGGAGGAAUUUGCCAGGCAGAAUUUGAACCUAUCAAUUUGUGCCAUCUUCUACUCUUGAACUCUUUAAAUGUUUAGCAGACUGCAAGGUCUUCAGAUGCAAUUUCUCAUAUGCUCACCUCUCAUAUUGCCUUCUAAGUUACGCAGGCUUUCCUUGUCAACUUAAACAAUCGAGUAUGGACUCUGCACCGCAGACACCUCCCUCUUCCAUGUCUCAUCCUCAAAAAUCGGAAUAUGCAUUUUCUCGAACUUCUACAUUCUGUACCAAAUUAUAUUCUUCAAAUUCAACUAACUCAGAAACCUGCGGGCUACUGAAUAAUUUGCCUUUCCACGCUCAACAUCCCAAAUCUGGUCAAGAGGGGGUGAAUAACAUGCCCAAACACUCAGAUGAUCUCACGAAGGAAUUCCUUAAUCUUUCAGGAGAAAUUUCAGGUGAUAGAAUUCACGAUGGAAAUCACAACAGUAGUAACAUGUCACUGAUGGAGCAGAUGGAUUUACAGAUUUUGUCCGAGCAACUUGGAAUAGCUAUCACAGACAAUGGGGAUUGCCCUUCCUUAGAUGAUAUAUAUGAGACACCUCAGAGUUCUGGCUUUCCAUCAUUCCAAUCCGGUUUCUUACAGGCACAUGAAAAACUGAGCACUCCAGCUAAAGUUAGAACUCAUUCUAGUUACUCAACUUCUGGAUCAUUAUCUAUUGUUAAACCAAGAUUGAGGUGGACUCUUGAACUCCAUGAGCGUUUUGUUGAUGCAGUUAACAAGCUUGAUGGACCUGAGAAGGCAACUCCAAAAGGUGUUUUGAUGCUUAUGAAUACUGAAGGCUUGACCAUUUAUCACAUAAAAAGUCAUUUGCAGAAAUAUCGACUUGCCAAGUUUCUUCCAGAUACUAUAGAAGACAAAAAGGCUUCUCAUGCUGAAGACACGAGAGAAAUAUCUAGUAGUCAUGAUAGUGACACAGCUUUGAAGAGAAACAUUCAAGUUACAGAGGCGCUCAGAAUUCAAAUGGAGGUUCAAAAGAUGCUACAUGAACAGCUUGAGGUGCAAAGGUCUUUGCAGCUACGCGUAGAGGAACAUUCAAGAUACUUGCAGAAGAUAAUUGAAGAGCAACAGAAUACAACAAAUUCCUUGGUUUCUUCAAACCAAAACCAAGCCUUGAAAUCGCAGACCGAGUCCUCCGACCAGUCCUCACCGGUGCGACCCGCCGGUUCAAUCUCCUCACCUACCAAAGAUAAAGAUUUGGUGACCGAAUUCAAGAAGAGGAAAGUCCAAUAACCAAGCAUUGAAGCUGAGCAUGAAAUAAGUUCCUGAUCUUUGUAUUCAAGACUUCAACAGAUGUUUGAGAAUAGAAGAGAUUUGGGUGUUGUUUUUUUCCCAAUUCAUAUGUAUAAUAAAACUUUAAUUUAAGGUAUAGCAUUGAAGCCUUUGUUUAUGCGUUGAAUAGUUAAAAUCGGGUGGAUUCUGCAACCUGAAGUAUGAUUGUACUAUCAAAUAUUUGCUAAAAGAAAAGAAUUUGUACUCGUAGUAAAUGAGCAUGAA